AUUACCUAGGCGCAUAUUCAAAGAAUCAAGGAUCGUCGAGCCGCUAAGGAGGAAAAGGAACGCUACGAGAAGAUGGCAGAGAAAAUGCACCGCAAGCGAGUCGAGCGCCUGAAGCGCCGCGAAAAGCGCAACAAGUUGCUGAAUUCUUGAUUGCAGUCAGCUGUGCUCCUUCAUCUCUUUCAUUAUUCUCCCAUCUUCUUUCCUCUCCCACCUUUUCGCCUCUGCUGUUGUUAACUAACCCGUCUACAUCUCGUUCGAGUGGUGGCUGAUGUACCCCCACGCCGGAAACUUUCUGUAUCAUUCACCUUCACACCAUGUUUCCUUUCUUACCGGGUUUGGGAAUUAUUGCCGAUUGAUGGCUACUGUUUCAUGACAAGUGGAGUUCGCUGGCGACCGUGGAGUUAGAAAUCAAUUUCUCAGAAUAGUAUAUACCACGUUGAAUAUACCGGACUAUCGACUCGGUUUCUGACCUAUCCAUCAUAACACACCAUAAUAGUAGCUCUAGAGAAAAGCCAGGCAAUACACAUUAAAGGAGAAAUUACAGGUUUUUUCUUUUCUUAGAGACAUUAUGCUCGGAUGUACUGCAUACUCGAAUCACAGUAUAUAUAUUCCGAGGCCUGCUGAUCCUUUGCGGGAUCAGGGGCCGAUGCCUUCGAUCGGCCAGCGCAUGGAUCAGCGCUUGGCAUCACGUUCAACCACGUUGUGUUUCACUUCUGCUAGCGAGUCGUACGACCGAUAGAAAACAUCUUCAGAAACCGACCGUCCAGU